AGAUGUUAAUUACUUUUUCACAGACGACAAAAUCUCAUUGAUUUUAAAUUUUUGCGCCACAUUGACUCACAUCCGGUGGAGCCAUUUUUUAUUUCGGAAGAUUCGGAAGUGACGUUUGUCCAGUUAAUUUUUUUUCUUCUCCCUGAAAAAUUAGCAAUGGCGGACGCUGCUCCAGCCGCACGUGGUGGUUUUCGUGGAGGUUUUGGAUCUCGUGGUGAUAGAGGUAGAGGAGGUAGAGGAAGAGGUCGUGGCCGUGGUCGUGGACGUGGUAAAGAAGACGCCAAGGAAUGGAUUCCAGUUACCAAAUUGGGUCGUCUCGUAAGAGAUGGCAAAAUCCGAAGUCUCGAGGAAAUCUAUCAUUUCUCUUUGCCAAUCAAAGAAUUCGAAAUCAUUGAUUUCUUCCUUGGACCAUCUCUUAAGGAUGAAGUUUUAAAAAUCAUGCCCGUUCAGAAGCAAACACGAGCCGGUCAACGUACCCGUUUCAAGGCUUUUGUUGCUAUUGGAGACAGCAACGGUCACAUUGGCUUGGGUGUAAAAUGCUCAAAGGAAGUUGCAACUGCAAUUCGCGGUGCAAUUAUUCUCGCUAAAUUGUCCGUUGUUCCAGUGCGUCUUGGUUAUUGGGGUAAUAAAAUUGGUAAACCCCACACGGUGCCAUGUAAAGUAACUGGAAAAUGUGGUUCAGUUCAGGUGCGUUUAAUACCAGCGCCACGUGGUACUGGAAUUGUUUCAGCACCAGUUCCCAAGAAACUUUUGCAAAUGGCUGGAAUUGAAGAUUGUUACACAUCAGCAAGAGGUUCAACUUGUACACUUGGAAAUUUUGCUAAAGCAACUUAUGCCGCAAUUGCAAAAACUUAUGCAUAUUUAACACCAGAUCUUUGGAAAGAUGUUGCAUUGUCAAAGCCACCAUAUCAGGAAUUCGCUGACUAUCUAUCGAAAGCUCAUCGUCCUAUUCAGGGAUCAAGACCAAAUGAAACUGUUUAAUUUCAAAUAAAUAGUUUUCCAAGACACGAAA